AUGGAGCAAAUAGUCGUUAAAAAAGAAUUAGAAGAAUCCGAAGGUGAUAUUUUGAUGAAUUAUGUUGACCAAGAAAAGCCUUCAACCUCUGGAAAAACAAUAAGCAUAGAACAAAUAUAUAUAAAACAAGAAAUCAAAGAAGAAUUGGAUUAUGAUGAAGCAUUGUUUGACAAAGGAUAUAAAAUCAACAAUAGUGACGUAGAAAGUGAAGAUUUUUCUUGCAAUAUUAAGAAAGAAGAAAGGGACAGUGACGUCUCUGAAGAAGAUAAUAAGAUAUCCUCAAACGAUGAAGACAAUGAAGAAAAAUAUGAAAAUGAAGCCAUGCUUGAGGCGAAAAUCGAGGUGGAAUAUCAUGGGGUUAAAUGUGAUGAUUCGAGUGGCAAAGAAAAGCUGUUUAAGUGUGAUGUUUGCUUUAAAAAAUAUCAAACAAAGAGGAGUUUAUUUUAUCAUAAAAGAUGUGAUCAUGUAUAUAGUAAGGAUCAACUGGAAAAAUUCAGAUGCAACAUAUGUAAUUAUGAAACUACAAACAAAAGUAGCUUUAAAGUUCACUUGAAAAUUCACGAUAGAAAAAAACAUUUAAAAUGCCAUUUUUGUCAAUAUACGGCUGUUACAUUACAGUCUUUAAAUGCACAUAUCGUAAGUAGACAUAAAUUCGAAAAUGAGGGAGAGAAUAAAGUACAAAUAACAAGUAAAGUUCAUCAGUGCACUAAUUGUUCUUACUCAACUGUUUAUAAAUCAGGUUAUGACAAUCAUGUUAAAGUGUGUUUGAAAUUGAAAAAUGUCAAAUUUUAUGAAUGUCAGAUUUGCCAGUAUAAAACUAUUCUAAAAGGUAGUUUAACAAUGCAUAUAAAAACUCAUAAUAAAAUUAAAGAACUGAAAUGUUUAUUCUGCCAUCAUCAAAGUAAUAAAAAACAACAUCUGGACAAUCAUAUUUUAAUUAAACAUUCGAACUUGUUAAAUGAAUCAAAUAAAAACAUAAUCACUUCCAAAAUACACUAUUGUCAACACUGUGAGUACAAAACUACAACAACAAAUAGUUUGAGACUCCAUUUGAAGAAUAAUCAUUGA